UGUACAGUUCCCAAGGCAAGUUUCCAUGUCAUUUCAUGUAUGUGAGGAUGCAGUUUGUGGUAUUUCCAGAGGUCUUGAUAUCAGGAAGAGCACUGUACAUACCUGUGUCCCUCCCUCUGUCAAUACAUGAGGCUUUUCAGUAAUUUGAGGCUUGGAGAGAAGCAAAAAGGCAAUCAGGUUUUAGUCAGACAGAUGAGCUGAUCAAAUGUUUAUUUCAUCUGGUGGUAUCAAUAAUAAAGUUUGGUAGGUCCUUGAGGAGAUAGUUAACUUGCCAUGUGAUUUUAAUACAAUGUAAGGGGUUAUUUAUUCAGCAUUGUUGUUAUCACUCUAUGGAAAAAUAUGGUCUCUGCAUGGUGUCAAAUGCGAAUUGUAUCCUUUAUUCCUAUAUCGUACUGGAAAAUAUAUAGUCUGUAUGUUUUUUUCUCUUUUGCCUCAGUAAUGCAGAUACACAAACCUGAACAGCAAAACAGAUACUGGGAGCUCCAGGCUUCUCUGUCCCAACUACAGAGUGAGGAGGAGAACAGUAAUCUCAUCAGACCCCAAAAACCUCUCAAUCCUUUAACAGCCUCCAAGAGCCACCAGGAGCUCCACAAAGAACUGCGGAUGACCCACAAGAGCAGAGUGCACCAAGAAGGAAACACUGAACUCCAGAGGGCUUUAGAAAAGAGAAGAUGGGAACAAAGGGUGAAGGCGAGCAGGGAUCAGGAAGAAGCGAAGAGGAGCAGAUCACCAUUUCAUCAGGAACUGCUAAAAAGACAACAGAGGCUAGAAAAGUUCGAGAGAGACAAGGGACAACAGCGAGAGGGCCCAGAGUUCCUCCGAGUCAAAGAGAGACUGAGACGAACAGCCGUGUUGGAUGCAUGAGGGAAAUAAGUGUGGACGUUUUGAGUGUAGGUAUGUGCAUGUGUUGUGUUGAAAGUCAGCGCAAUGGACUGUUGGGAAUAAUAAGUGGAGAGACUGAUCUUCACUGUUACUGUUAACAUAAGAAUCAGAUAAGGUGAAGUAAGACAUGUGGCAGACAGUGGAUGGUUCCAGUGGUUAAGUGAGCAAAGGUGAAACAGGUAAAGUAAUUGUCUUUAAAUAUCAAGGAUCACAUAGAUGAGAAAUACAUGACUGAUCUAUUAAGACAUCACUGGAUUGUGAUGUAAUAACAGCAGAAAACUGGAUUACGUAAACACAGUAGAUGCACAUGUAUGUGUUUUCAUUUUAAAGUUAAUUUACAUGGUAAUGUGUUACAGUUUUCUAAUUAUAAUGUCUGUAAUGACUCAUAAUACUCGUAACUUUAAUGUUGUCAGUAUAAUAAGGAAUAAUAAGGAAUUUUUCAAUGUGUUUUUGGGCAUUCACUUUACCCUGUAAAUAUCAUUGUUUUAUGUAAGGUCUAUUUUAUAAUGUUGAGAAGCGUAGUAUCAUAUAUUAGUUAACAAUCGGGUACAUUCGUCUGUCAAGGUCAAUGAUGUCCACAAUGAGAAUUGGUGUAAAAGAGAUUACAAUUAAAAUAUCUUGUGUCGUAAGUAAUGUUUACAUUGACAAAAGAUAUUCAACAACAUGCAAUACAUUUGUUCUUGUGACAUAUUAGUGUAUUUACAAUGUCAUGAUAUAUGCAGGAAAAGUCACAAAAAUACGUCUUUUGUGAACAUUUAUUUUAUUAUGAAUGGCAGGAGGUGAACAUUGAAUAAAAAAAAAAUAGUAUACAUGAAUCUUAUUAUGAAAUGAUAAUUAUCAGUAUGCCAAUUAUUACCACAUGAAUCAUCCAGCUAAUAUAUAUAUAUAUAUUUAUUUAGAUAUGAUAUGUCUUGGAAUGGCCAUCAGCACUUAUCAUAAUUAUCACGAUAUAAAGGAAAUGUAGUUUGAUAAGUAAAUAAAGAGGUCAAAUAAGUGAGAUUUAUUCAGUUAUGAGAAUACAUUAUAUUUGGCAUAUAAUGUAAUAUCAGUUUAAAAAGAGUUUGAAUCGCUUACACUUCUUUACGAAUCACACUGAUUUAUGCAACAUUUCGACGUUGUUGAACAAUGACAGAACACACAAUGCAUAGACAAGGAGGUUUUAUUUCAUUUCCUGCAAUCAUAUCUCACUGGGUACAAAUCAUUGUAUUUUCUUACAUCUUCCAAUAACCCAUGAUGCAUUGCAUCCAUACAGUUGUAGCUCAAAACAGCUUUUACAAAAAAGGAUAUACAAUAUAUACUUAUAUUUAUAUAUAUAAUAUACACGUGUUUCUUUAUGCAUUUAGAUGUGUUGUAAUGGGUAAAAUCAUAUUUAAAAAAACACAGCCAAAUGGAAACAAAUCCCAGGGAAGGUUCAAUGACAGGUAAUUACCAAACAAUGAAUAGCCAGUUAUCAAAUUCAUCAACAUUGGCUAUCGUACAGUUAACAUGAAGCCCUUCACAGUUUGCAUAUUUUCCACAAUUACCGUCAUGUAAAUCCAGAGUAAUUGCCUUCUUUUAUUCUACUAUGGACCUGUAAGUGUCAAUGACAGAUCUAGGGAACUAGCAUGAAUUUGUUUGUUAUUUCUACGGCUAACUAAUAAUAUGGUGACAUGACAUACCUUAAAUCAACAACGAUAUGGUGUGAUUUAUAUCAGGAU